AUAAAUCCACGCAUAAGUAUCGAAGAAUUUCCCCUGAUACAAAUUACAGUAACACCUGCAGACACUAACCUACACAAGAAUAACAGGUGUGAUUUGUGUUUACAGGUGUUGAGAGACCACGUGGUAACGGCCGUUGUCUGCUGCCUCCUCCCACUCACAACAGUGGACGGAGGCACUGAAGCAGAGAUCAUCAAGGCGCUGGAGGAAACACAGCAGGAGGUGGCGUGGAAGUACAUCCCCCUGAGUGGUCCGGCCAUAGACCACACAAACUCCAGUAACAUCACCGCUCAGAUGGGCAAGACCGCUAUUCUCAACUGCCGGAUCAAGUACCUGGGAGGAAAGACGGUGUCGUGGAUGAGGAGCAGAGACCUACACCUGCUGACGGUGGGUCGCUUCACCUACACCAGCGACGACAGGUUCAAGUCUGUGCACCAGCAGGGCUCCGAGGACUGGCUGCUUAAGAUCCACUAUGUCCAGCACCGAGACGCUGGCUCCUACGAGUGCCAGAUCUCCACUACCCCGCCCAUGUCUAAGAUCGUGUGGCUCACUGUGGUCGAACCAGAGACCCGGGUGCUAGGUGGGCCUGAUCUCUACAUCAACUUUGGUUCAACUAUCAAUCUCACCUGCAUCGUCAAUCACAGCCCGGAGCCUCCGCCCUACAUCUUCUGGUACCACGAGAAUGAGUUACUAUCCUACGACUCGCCCCGGGGCGGGAUCACGGUGGUGACGGAACACGGGCCCAGCUCCUCAUCCAGGCUACUCAUCCAGAAGGCAGCCGUCAGCGACGCCGGCCGGUACACCUGCCGACCAGCCAACGCUGACCCUCACCAUAUUACCGUGCACAUCAUCCCCAAUGAGCACCCUGCAGCCAUCCACCACAAGAACGGCACGUCAACGGCCGUCAGUUUACGUCACAACGCCCACACAAACGCCCACGUCCUACUCCUCGCUAUCCUCUUUACCUGUCUCUUCGUUAGCCCUAUCAGUUGGCUGCCUUCUGUGGCUCCCGUGGGCGUCGGGUCCAGCAGCAGCAGCAGGAGGAGGAUGGUGGUGGUGGCAACCCGCGCCCACCAAGCAGCAGGCCACCACGCCCACACCCAACACGCCCACAUUCAACACGCCCACGUCAAUGGUUGCAAUAUCACUGAUGUCUCCCUCUGCUACAACACAGAGUCAAGCGGAGUGGUUCUACCGGACUGAGCAAGAGUGACCGACAUGAUUUGUGUGUGCAGUUUUCGUGCCUUCCCGCAUCCACACACCACACACACACACACACACACACACACACACACACACACACACACACACACACACACACACACACUCACCCCCUUGCUAAUGAAUAGAACUUACCGAAAAAGCUCAAUCGAGAAUACUACCAUAGAUAUAUUCUGUUCGUUUUUGUUUACCAGUAAAGAUUUCUAUCAGAAUAUAUAUAUAUAUAUAUAUAUAUAUAU